AAAAACAUCCCAACAUCAAAUCAACUUCAUUUGAAAGACUUGUCUGACCUACAAGGUUUCUGUGCAACAGGUAGAAAAAAUGGUCAAAUCUGGAUGAAAAAAAUUACCCACAAAGGAAAGAUGAAGUCAAUUGAAAUGGUGCCCAUGUCCAGAGGUGUUUCGAUCCCACUAUAGAAUUGGAGAAUAACAACAGCACGAUCAAAAACACGAUCAAUAUUCGUCAAGAAAAUGAGCCGUAACCUUUGGGGGCCCGAACGAUUGGCCAAUCGCUGCGUGGACUACAGUUCAAAGUGCCAGAAAGUUACCAGAGACUCACCAAGAAAGCAAUUGACACCUAAGAAGAUGAAGGUACUUAAACACUGCUAUCAUGCUUUCCUUACAAAUCUAAAGCCUUCUCUUGUGGGAGAAAGAGAAGACAUGGCGACAGUGUUGUCUGCAAUCACUUCAAUUCUCAGUGAAGAGAUUGGAACUCAGAUAAAAAAUUUUAAAGCAGGAAGAACAGCUAAAACACCUAGAUGUGUGUUGAGGAGCCUUACGACGUAG